AUGUCUCUGGGCCGUCUCCUUCGCCGGGCCUCCUCCAAAGCCUCGGACCUCCUGACCCUCGCCCCGGGCAGUGGUGGCGGGCCCCCCUCCGUCCUGGAGGGGGAGAUCAUCUACUCCAAGAACAAUGUCUGUGUGCACCCACCAGAGGGGCUGCAGGGGCUGGGGGAGCACCACCCAGGCUAUCUGUGCUUGUACAUGGAGAAGGAUGAGCUGCUGGGGAGCACCCUCAUCCUCGCGUGGGUCCCCAACUCUCGCAUCCAGAAGCAGGACGAGGAGGCGCUGCGCUACAUCACCCCUGAGAGCUCCCCGGUGCGCAAGGCGCCCCGCCCGCGGGGCCGGCGCGCCCAGAGCUUGGGGACGCCCCACCAGCCCUCCCCUACGGAGCCCAGGCCCGCCCUGACCCCCAGAGACGAGGAUGCCCUGGUGGUGGUGCAGAGCAUCCAGGACGCCGUGCGCGUCAGCCCUUCACCCCCUUCCGAGGACGGGGAGAAGCUGGCCCAGGGCUUGGGGAUGGCCCCGCCGGCGCCAGCCCACAGCGACUCGGGGAUCCUGUCGGGGGUCAGCGCGCAGGACGGGCCGGAGGAGGGGCGGGAGCCGCGGCCGGAGGCCGGCGAGGAGGAGGGCUCCCUUGAGCUGUCGGCGGACGGUGUGAGCAGGGACAGCUCCUUUGACUCGGAUUCCGACGCCUUCUCUUCGCCAUUCUGCCUCUCGCCCAUCAGCGCCGCCCUUGUGGACAGUGGCAGCUCCGUGUUCCUGGACAGCGAGAGCGGCUCCCCGGGGGGGGGGGGUGCCCACCUGCGGUUCCCGGACGGGGGGGGGGGGCUGCAGACCCCGCGCUGGGACGAGGGGGGGGGGGCCUGUGCUCUGGAGCAGAUCUGCGGGGGGGGGGGCGUGGACCUAGGGCAGAUGCGCUGGGGGGGGGGGUUCUUCAGUGAUGAGGCCUGCACCAGCGGCCAGAUGGUCCUCGCCAGCCGGGGGGGGGGGUUCAAGGUUUUCCAUUUCCACCAGGGGGGGGGGGACAAGCUGUCCGACGUGUUUCAGGGGGGGGGGGGCUGCGUGGAGACGCACCUCAAGGGCCAGCAGGUCAGGGGGGGGGGGACGUGCAUGCAGUUCUCCAUCCGACGCCCCAAACUGCCCUCCUCCGAGACGCACCCCGGGGGGGGGGGGUACAAGAGGCUGGACGUGGCGGGGGGGGGGGGGCACCUGAACGAGCUGGGCCAGGUGGGGGGGGGGGACAAACUGCGCAAGGCCAUUGGGGGGGGGGGCAUUGAUGUGUCAAUCCGGGGGGGGGGGGGGGGGUUCCUGCUGCGGUAUUACAGCCAGGGGGGGGGGGCGCAGGAGAGGGAGGCACUGCGGGGGGGGGGGGGCCGGGAAUACGCCGAGAUCCAGCGGGGGGGGCUCUCCAUGAACCCUGAAGAGCAGGGGGGGGGGGGGCGCGACGUGCAGUUCACCGUGGGGGGGGGGGGGGUUCGGACGGAUCGGAGCAACCGGGGGGGGGGGGGUGAAGACAAUCCGAAUGUGGAGGGGGGGGGGGAGAUCCUGCUGAACUAUGCCGUAUAGGGGGGGGGGGUCGGCUACUUUCAGGGCAUGUCAGACCUUGUGGCACCCAUCCUGGCCGAGGUCCUGGGGGGGGGGGGGACCUUCUGGUGCUUUGUGGGUUUGGGGGGGGGGGCGAUAUUCGUCAGUUCUCCUCGAGGGGGGGGGGGGGAGAAACAGCUGCUCUACCUGGGGGGGGGGGGGCGGCUGACGCACCUUCGCUUCUGGGGGGGGGGGGUCUCGCUGGGUGAGGACGGCCUGGGGGGGGGGGUUUGCCACCGUUGGCUGCUGCUGGGGGGGGGGGGCGAGUUCCCCGAGGCCGAGGCGCUGCGCAUCUGGGAGGCCUGCUGGGCCCACUACCAGGGGGGGGGGGGCCAGACGGAUUACUUCCACCUUUUGGGGGGGGGGGCCAUCGUGGCCAUCUACGGGGAUGGGGGGGGGGGGCAGCAGCUGGCCACCGACCAGAGGGGGGGGGGGUUUGGAAACCUGGCCAUGCACAUGGGGGGGGGGGUCGUUCUCAGGAAGGCCCGCAGCGGGGGGGGGGGGUUCCGUCUCCUGCCCCGCAUCCGGGGGGGGGGGCACGAGCUGUGUAAGCUGUGUGGGGGGGGGGGGGGGGACAGCGGAUACAUGCCCGCCGGGGGGGGGGGGGGCCACCACCCGGGCUCGGAGAGGGGGGGGGGGGGGGGCACGGUGGAGACGCCUUCGGGGGGGGGGGCCAGAGAAGGCAAGAAGGCCUCCAAGGUGCCCCAGCCCCGCAAGCAGCUCCAGCAGGGGCCCCGGCUUCCCCCAGCCACCUGCAACCCCCCGGGCGCCAAGGGUUGCCGGGGCGACCGCGCUGUUGCCCCUGGAGACGCUCGGGCACAGGCCCCUGGGACGGCGGGAGCCGGGCGGCGGGACCCUCGGUGCCUGAGCGGCCGGGGUCAGGCGGGGACGGCUGGACCGGAGCAGGGCGCCCAGGGUGCAGGCCGGGCCUGGCGCAGGGACGAAGCCACUGCUUGGCCCCUCCUCCCUCCCGAGCGGGCCUGGCACAGCCAGCAGCAAGCCCCUUGUCUGGGUAGCUUCUGCCAGACUCCGGGAGUCCUGUGCCCACCAACAUUGGUGAAGGCCUGCCAAGUAUCCAGUCUGUGA